AUGCCUGGCCUCCCUCCAGUCGGCCUUGGCCCUAGAAUUGGCCCCUUCAGAUCGGAGAUGAACUCCGAACAGAAACACUCCGUCACCACCCUAAACUGCGCUAACUUUGAAGACAAUUGUCGAUGGUCGAAUACGAAUGAGGAUGAGCUGGAUUGGUCUAUGACAAAGGACAUUCCGAAUAGUCAGAGCUGGAUGUCGAGCUUGGGGACGUCAGAAUAUCCGGAAGCCAACGCCGGUGCUAUCAUCUCCGGACAACGAGGAGGAUGGGAAGGCGGAAAAUUAAUUUCCGAGCAACUGCCCUGCUUCCCAACUGAUCUUGUUUUGGGUAUCACGGCUUGGAAGAGCAAAAUCGGUGACCCGAACAGCCAGCCAAAACUCCAGAUCUGUUCCAAAAACGUGGCCGAGACUCGUGCGGUACUGGCCAAUUGUCUGGAUAUCCCGAUUCACAAUGGAGCUCCUAUUCAAAUUGAUGUUCCACAGCCCAACGAUCCUAGCCAGCCAUCACAGAUCGUACUCGCUGCCAACAAUUUUGCCGCUGUUGAAGGGGGAGCCAUGUUUAUUCAGGAUAUCCAGCUUCAAGGAACCCUCAACUGUGCUGGCGAUUCCCCUAAGAAACACCCAACCCUCAUUGACACCUUCCAAAGGGAUCAGCAAUCUGAGUCGAUCCAAAGCAUCGCCUCCAGCCAGCUGGAAGAUAUUAAUGCCCCGAAUUACGAUGACACCGCCCCGAUCAAGGCACCGCAACCAGCAUUCUCGACGUCGAACUCGAAGACGAAUGCCGAUCGUCCCCCACGAUUCCCAUCUACGUCUAGCAACUCGCUUUUUGAGCAGUGUCUGGCGUUGAGCUGCAAUCCUUCAGAUCUAUCUUGUCAAUUCUGGCGUUCGUCCGGAGAUAAUAAAUGGGAAAUCGGAUCGACGGGGCGGGUUAGCAAUCCGUUGACUGGGAUCAAUACAGCGCCCGGAAACUCCGAAAAAUACCUCGUUGCUCCAUUCCUCGAUUCUCACAUCCACUCCUAUACCCUUGUCACCGAGAAAAUUAACAUUCCAUUGACUGAAGAAGUAUAUUUCUGUUUCUACGAAUAUCUAACGACCAACGGACUAUCGCUUAGUAUUUGCACAGAGCGAGGGGAUUGCUUCUAUCAACAAAAUAUUUUGGAUUUAAAGGAGGCGUUUGCUUCUCAAAAGGAAGGAGGAAAACGUUGGGAGCUGAAAUGCCGAAAGCUGCCUGUCGGCAUUUAUGAGAUGCGCGUGAUUGCCGAAAAUAUGGGCGACAACAAGGGGGAGAUCGGCUUUUUGCCGGUUCGACUUUCGAAAGACAGCCGAGGCCAGGAGUUUAUAUGC